UUAUGAUUCGUGACAAGCUUACACAUUUCGUGCAAUUUCUCGAAAAUCCUAAGCAUCCACUGCUAGGUCCAAACCUAAAAGGUUUAUCGUUCGGAGGAAUGUGGUUAAAAGGGCCAAACCUGUGGAUUUGUUUUCAAAAAUUUGUCAAUUUCUUCACCUUCUUCUUUGUCGUUAGCCAGUUCAUGGAAGCCUACAACAUAAGAAAUGAUUUCAAUAGAUUACUACAAAAUCUCUCCAUCACAAUAUUAAGCUUCACUUGCUAUUCUAAAUGCAUGGCUUUUGUAUUUCGGCUUAAAAGAUGGUCAGAAUUGUUUCAUAGCAUUUCUGAAGAAGAAAUAUCAUGUAUUCAAUCCGGCGACAAGAAAGUAAUUGUGUUAAUGAAAGAAUACAUUAAAUAUUCCCGAUUUAUCACUUAUUCUUAUUGGAUUCUUGUAUCUGUUACAAACGCUGCUAUGAUGAUAGCACCAGUGUUCAAGCUAUUCUCAUCAGCAAAUUAUCGUAAAGAGGUUCAGCAAGGAAUUUUACCAUAUCCAGAAAUGUUAAGUUCGUGGUUUCCUUUCGACAAUACUAAGAUGCCUGGAUACUUUUUCGCUUGCCUUGUUCAUGUAUCCAUGUGUUCAAAAGGUGCAGCUAUUACAGCUGUUUUCGAUACUAAUGCUGUAGCUAUAAUGGUAUUUCUGAAGGGUCAAAUGAUCAUUUUAGAGGAAAAAUGCAAGAAUAUAUUUCACAAUUGUAAAUCGAGAAAGGAAGCAUUACGUAGAAUCAAAGAAUGUCACAGACAGCAUAAUUUUAUAUUGAGAACUCAUCAAACAUUUGACGCACUGCUGUCGCCAAUUAUGUUUCUAUACGUAUUAAUUUGCUCAAUGACCAUUUGCUUCAGUGUGGUGCAAUAUGUAUCGGCAGGAGUAACAAUUUCUUACAAAAUAUGGAUAAUUGAGUACACUAUUGCCCAAGUUUCCCAAUUGUUUCUGUUCUGCUGGCAUAGCAAUGACGUCCUUCUGGAGAGCAAAGCAAUAAGCGAAAGCGUCUAUUUAAGCGACUGGUGGAAAACUGACAAGAUUCUUCAGAAGCAAACCCUGAUACUGGCUGGCAAAAUGAACAGAGUUGUGAUAUUCAACGCUGGCCCAUAUACCACUCUGACAAUACCUACAUUUAUAGAAAUCCUCAAAGGAGCCUACAGUUUCUUUACUCUGUUUUCUCAGAUACAAGAGUGAUGAUCUAUUAAUCUAUUUUCAGGUUAAAUAGAACCUUUUCAGAAGGAUGCUUCUUAUGCACUGUUUUAUUCACUUUAAACGAGUACUUAUACAUAUUAUAAACAUACGAAAAACAAAACAUAAAACUUUAAAUUGAGAACUCGAAGCAUACUUGUAUUGUAGCGGACCUAAUCAAAUGCAUCAGAACUAUUCCUCCCAAGCACAGCACUUAAAUUUAAACAUUUAGAAUUUCUAUCGCGAGUGCAACUAAAUGAUGCGCUUUGAGGAAUAUCUCUUUAGACUAGAUGUUGCCCGGGUCUUCGCUCCCGUGGGAAUUUUGAGAUAAAAUAUAUAGCAUAUAGCAAUCUUGGAUAAUGUUUCUUUCUAAUGGUGAAAGAAUUUUUGAAAUCGGUUUAGUAGUUUCAGAGAUUACCCGCCUCAAACAUACAAACUCACAGAGUCACAAACGCUUACCUCUUUAUAAUAAUAAGUAUAGAUUUACACAUUGACACAUUGUUAAUCAUGUAGUAAGUACCUUCUAUGUAUUAUAAAGAAAUUGAAUAAAUGAAUGCGAUUAUUUCAUGUUUUAA